AACGACGUCUUCUUUCAACACCCAUUGGUCCAUCACGCAACCCCGUCACCGUCAUCUUCUUGACCCGACCAACCGCUUUCCGGGUCGGUUUCUUCCACGUGUCACCCCAAUUCAUCUCUCUUCCUCCCAAAGAUAUCUUUAGAAACAAACAAUUCCAAUCGCGUCGUCAACAAUGAAUGAAUAAUUUUGAUGUAUUUGUAAAAUAAUGGAAGCAUCGAGAAAUCGAUCGCUCGUCGGAAACAACCGAUCUCCGGAGAUGAACGAAAACGACGGCGAAGAUGUUGCGGCUUCGGCAGCGGUGGAAGACGUGGAGGUGUGGGAUACGUUGAGUAAUGGAUUCAAACGUGCACAGCUUUAUCUUGAUCAGAAUCGUGAUUUGAUUCAACGCGUCAACGAAAACCACAUGUCUCGAAUCCCAGAUAACGUCUCUAGAAACGUUGGCUUGAUCAACGAAAUCAACGGUAAUAUCUCUCAAGUUAUGGAGAUUUACUCUGAUUUAUCUCUCAAUUUCGCCAAAAAAUUCGAUCAGCGGCGGAGGACGACCAAGGACGGCGACACCACAACUACCACCACCGGUUCUUAAGCGCGAUUAGGAGUGUCAUGGAGUUUGUAUAUGAUUACAAGGAUUAGGAUAUUUGCACUAGUCUAUUACGUGUUCUCUAAGGUAUUUUAUGCUUCUGUAUUCAGCUCCUCUGUUUUUGUUUUGAUUCUGCAUGAUCUCAUUCACUAGUUUCAUGAUUUUUUUGAUACUACAUUUUCUAAAAGCUUUUAUGGAUUGAAAUAGCUUUUAGAUGGCUCUGGUCAGUUCUAUAGCUAAGUAUUGAAUAUAGAUCAUGAUGAAUUGAUGAUCCAU